AUGAAGUUCAAUCGGCCUCAUUUCCAUGUGGCCCAGUCGAGGUCUGCUUUUGCAGAGGGGAAUUCUCGAUGGACGAAUCUCGAUCUUGAUCCGGUGCCUUUGCAUCGCCGAAAAUGGGGCCCUCUCAGCUUCAUCUCUUAUUGGAUAUCGGACGCUUUUAAUGUGGCUACAUGGCAGUUCGCUAGCAGCAUCAUUGCCGUCGGCCUCAGCUGGCGCGAAUCACUCGCCAUCGUCGCCAUCUCCUUUUUCAUCAUAUCGUUUGUCAUUGCCGGAAAUGGCGCGGUGGGUGCGAUUUAUCAUGUCCCUUUUCCAGUGAUCGCGCGAGCAAGCUGGGGCUUCUGGGGAUCAUAUGUCGCCAUCGUCUCUCGGGUUAUCUUGGCGCUGUUUUGGUUUGCCAUUCACAAUGUCAACGGAGGAAAUGCAGUGCGGGUCAUGAUCGGCGCCAUCUGGCCCAGUUUUUUGAAGCUGAAAAACGACAUCCCGGAAGACCAGGGAAUCACCACGAACGGCAUGGUGAGCUACAUGAUCUUUUGGAUCAUCCAGCUGCCUUUCCUCUGCAUCCACCCGAACAAAGUGCGGUGGCUGUUCGUGGUCAAGUCUAUCAUUGUUCCGAUCGCUUGGAUUGCCAUUUUGAUCUGGGCUUUUGUUGCCGAGGGCGGAGGGGAUAUGUUUGCGCAGAAGCCGACGGUGUCCAGAUCGAAGUAUAGCUGGGUGUUUUUGUCGAGCAUGACUGCAGUCCUUGGCAAUUACGCGACAUUGAGUGUGAACCAGUCCGAUUUCUCUCGAUACUCGCGGGUCACCCCAAAGUGGCAGCUUCUGUACGUUCCAAUGCUGCCGAUCGUGUUUACAUUCAUCUCGUUCAUCGGCAUUGCUGCUUCUUCGGCGGGCCAGGCCCGUUACGGUGGCACGAUCCCAUGGGACCCGAUCGACUUGAUCAGUCACUGGUCGAGUCGAGCGUGUCGGUUCUUUGCAGCAUUCUCGUUUCUGCUGGCUUCUUUGGGAGUCAAUAUCUCUGCCAACUCGAUCUCGGCGGCGAACGAUCUGAUGGCACUGUUCCCGGGUCAUGUCAAUCUCCGACGGGGCCAGAUUAUUUGUGGAUUGGUAUCCUGGGCUCUUGUUCCGUGGAAGAUCCUCGAGUCGGCGGGCAGCUUCAUGAACUUCAUGUCUGCAUAUGCGAUCUUCCUCGGGCCAAUUGCUGCGAUCAUGCUGUGGGACUUUUGGGUUCUGAAGCGGCGGAAAUACGACACCUUGGCGCUGUAUCAGCCGCACAAUCCGAUCUACCGGUACACCUGGGGGGUGAACUGGCGAGCCAUUGUGGGGUUUGUGGUGGGCGUGGUACCGAGUCUGCCGGGGUUGAUCAACUCGGUGAACGGGAGUAUCUCGGUGGGCGUGGGGAUUCACCCGUAUCAGUUCGGGUGGCUGUUGGGGUUUGUGGCCACCAGCAUUGUCUAUGUGGGGCUGUCGUUCUGGCUCCCCGCACGCGAGUCGAUCAUAGCGGAGGCUGUGAUGGCCGAGGAGAUCUACGAGGGGCGAGACGGAGUGGAGGGAGUGUCGGGCUCAGACGAGGCGUUGCACGAGGAGAAGGUAAAGGUGUAACGCAGCGGGACUUUAUAUCAUUUACUGUACGCAGCAGGAGUUCCGCAG